AAUAAACGCGUUUGACGCCAUGGCUUUUUUAGCCUCAUUACCACUCUCCUUCGUCUUGGACUAUGGUUCACUUUUCCUCCACUGUAUGCUUGAAAGUUGAAAAGCAUACCACAAGCUGCCUCUAAGCUUAUCAUCUGCUAGAUUUCGUAUUCUUCAAGAUUAUUGUACUACUCAGAUUCACAAAGAUCCCUCUGGAUAUCGCCGCUUGGGUUUGGCUUGGAUUUUGGGAUUGUUUACUCUCUGUGGAGGGUUCAACUGAGAGAAAAACCUUCUACUUCUUGUCAUUUCAGCUGAAUUUCAGCUUAUAUAACAGAUUAUCGUUUUUGGAUGACAAGCCGCAAAUGAUGGGAGGAAAAUCUAGCAAGAAGACUGGUGGUGAUGCCCCGCCGGCCCAACUCCUCCAGAUGAAUACCAACACCCAAUUCACGGCCGAUCUGAGUUCCUAUGAGGCGGCGUGUAUGCUCGAUCCGGACUUACAGUCCUUUGAUGCCACCAUCCAAGAGCGCACCACCCGGGUAAUCAGCUCGCUUGCGACUGGGGUUGAGGUUCGGUCGUUAUCUUUUGAUUCACUCAGAGAGGUCACCAAUAGUCUACUUGAGAUGGACCAGGAAGUGGUCAAAGUCAUUCUAGAGUGUAAGAGAGAUAUAUGGAACAACCAAGAUUUGUUCUCAUUGGUGGAGGACUACUUUGAGAAUAGUCUCAAGACACUGGACUUCUGUACUGCCCUUGAGAACUGCCUGAAGCGCACUCGUGAUAACCAGUUGAUAAUUCAACUUGCGGUGAAGCAUUUUGAGCAAGAAGUAGAAGAUGGUGUUGCUGGGGUGAAAUACACGAAGACAUUGCAAGAAUUAAGGAAAUUUAAGGUUGCUGGGGACCCAUUUACGGAGGAGUUUGUUGUACUGUUUCAAUCAGUUUAUAAGCAGCAUGUAUCGAUGUUGGAGAAAUUGCAGCUUAGAAAGAGAAAGCUAGAUAAGAAAUUGAAAUCUAUGAAGACGUUGAGGAGAGUGGCGAAUGUCAUUUUUGUUGCUGCUUUUGUGUCUGUGCUGAUUUUCUCGGUGGUGGCAGCUGCCAUUGCAGCUCCGCCUGUUGUAACAGCUUUGGCGGGUGCAUUGGCUAUUCCAAUAGGCUCAGUGGGAAAAUGGUGUGACUCACUUUGGAAGCGCUAUGAGAAUGCACUGAAAGGACAAAGGGAGGUAAUCAGCUCAAUGCAGGUUGGAACUUACAUUACAAUGAAGGACUUAGAGAGCAUUCGGGUACUUGUCAACAAAUUGGAAAUUGAGAUUGAGGCGCUGUUGGAGAAUGCUGAUUUUGCUCUUAGAGAAGACGAGGCAGUGAAGCUUGCGAUGGAUGAGAUCAAGAAGAAGCUGGAAGUUUUUAUGGGUACUGUUGAGAAUUUAAGUGAGCAUGCUGAUAAGUGUAGCCGGGACAUAAGGAGGGCGAGGACGGUGAUUUUGCAGAGGAUAAUCAGACAGACACCCAAUUAACUGAAAAGCCCCUUUGGUAUGUUGUUCUGGCAACCCGUAACUCUUCUCAUAUUGGAUUUAUGUGAAUUUUAUACAACGGUUAAAGAAUUGUUGACUCUACACCUUGGAUGGAAUAACUUCGAUCGACCCUUAUCAAAGAAGCUAAAGAUAGAGUUUUGUUGUUGA